UCUACUUUUUAUUUUGAUUAUCACUUCCAAAUAAACUUGCAACUGACAAUUGCGUAAAAUGAAAAAAUUGUGAAAUUGUAGAAAUUAUAUGAAAAAGUUUCUUAGUUUAAAAAUGUCUUUUUUACGAAAUAUUCUCAGACCUUCUCAUCAGUGUUUUAGAAUAUUAUCUCCGCAAAGAACUUUAAUUACUUCAGGAUCUUUGAGAUCUGAAAGCGUCGCAAGUUCUAAAACUGAAAAUAAACUAUUAGUUAGCGAUUCUUGCCUCAAAAGAUUAAGAGAAAUAUGCCAGGAUGGCAGUUUUUUGCGGAUUACUGUAGAAGGUGGUGGGUGUUCGGGAUUUCAAUAUAAAUUCGAUUUAGACAAUAAAAUGAAUCCGGACGAUUUGCAAUUUGGUGAAGAGAAAGCCAAAGUCGUUAUAGAUAAUGUUUCCUUAGAAUAUUGCACCGGAUCCACUGUUGACUACCACACAGAACUCAUACGCUCAGGAUUUCGAAUGUUAGCAAAUCCUUUGGCGGAACAGGGCUGUUCCUGUGGAGCUUCAUUUGCAAUUAAGUUAGACUAAUUCAUAUAAAUAUGCAUAAAUAUAUUUGUAUGUAUAUAAAAAUUGCUCUUAUGUAAAUUCUAGUUAAAAAUUAAUUUAAAUUUGUUUUCAUUAUAUAAUUUAUUUAUGUUAUAUACAA